AAGUCUGUACCAAAGACUAACUGGACGGACUGGGAGCAGAAACAAAUAAAUACUGAACAAUUAUGAUUUCUUUUUGCUCCUGAAAUAUAAAUAAUGUGGCAAGAUAUGGAUGAAUUAACAAAGGUAUACAGGAUGACUAGUUCAAGACUCUAAGGCUUCUAUCAAAGCACAUGUCUUUCAAAAUGGAGCCAUCUUCAGAGGUUGUUACCAUCACCAUGACAGCAUCGUCAUCGUCAUCAUGCAGUAUUCCUCUGGAUGAAAAGAAAUCUGCAAGAAAGGUGAAACCGUAUGGGUGUGUCAUGUGCAAGAGGGCAUUCAGUAAAGCAUUGAAGCUACAGAAGCACAUGCUGGAGGCCCAUGGUAUAACAGAAGAGAGUGAUGAUGAUGAGGAAGAUGAUGAGGUGGUUGAGGAGGAGGAGGAGGAGGACAGGGAUGAUGCGGGCCAUAUCGAGAGGCGAGAUGAAGAUGGAAUCAAUUUGUUUGCAGACGCUGCUGCUAGUGUGCUUGGGGAUCUCUCGGGGGAGAGCAGAGAUGCUGAUGACUCCCUUUCACACUCGCAUCCAACAGAGGACUCUCGAACGGACCGCCAGACGGAUGCUAAUCACUGUGACACAGAACCAAAGGUUGACAGCGCUGGAACUGACUUUACAACUCAGAGUUACUCUGCUGCGACUAUCCAAGCAGCAUUACAAUUGAACCCUAGUGAGAGCAGAGAUACUGAUGACUCCCUUUCACACUCGCAUCCAACAGACGACUCUCAAAGCGACCGCCAGACGGAUGCUAAUCAUCGUGACACAGAACCAAAGGUUGACAGCGCUGGAACUGACUUUACAACUCAGAGUUACUCUACCGCGACCAUCCAAGCAGCAUUACAGUUGAACCCUAGUGAUAUCAUAGCUCGGGCUGCAGCAGGUGCCAAUAUCCUUGUAGAUGAGAAGGAUGGAGAUGUGGCAGAAACACAGUCUGUGCAUUUAGACACAGGAGCACUGAUCGUUGCAGAAAUAGACGGUUUGUCUCAUGACCCUGAUGAUGUCCGGAAGGAUGACACCCCGUUAUUCUUUGACCCUUCUCCCCAAGGUCGAACUGCCAGCUCUCCAGAAGAUGGUGCCAUUGUUCAAACAGAUAGGGAAGAAUCACAGUGCAGUGAGACGAUAUCACAAAUGUUUCCUGUGCUACUACAUCAAGCUAAGUCCUCUUCAAAGAAUGUGCGCCCUGAACCCAGGAGUACAGAGGAGUCUGCUGAAACUUCUAAAGCAACAGAUGAUUCUUAUAGGGAAGAUUGUGUUGGGGGAGAGGCGCAAAGUAAGAACUGGCAGGACCAGAAAAUACCAAAAUCGUCUAGAUGCAGACAGAGAUCUUCCCUAGUUGCUCCCUCUGAUAAUAAGCCGUCAAGUGCCAAGAAGAGAACGCUUAAAGGAAGUGCUCAAGUAUCUGGUACUGCCAAAGAGCAAGCAGUGGGAAUUGAUCAAAGACCACACCUGCGAAGAUCAAGAAGGUCUGCAAAGAGAAAGGUAGACAAAGAUUUUCUAACAGAAAGUGAGGAGGGAAAGGAGAAGCAGGGGAAGAAGCAGAAAAGGGAAGAGAAGAGAAAGGAUGAGACGAAGAGGAGACAGAAAGAGCAGAAAAGAAAGGCCAAGAAGACGGAGGAGGAGAUGGAAAUAACCAGUAGAGAGCUGCCAGAAACAUCCCAAGAAUGUGAAGGUACAGGUACAAAGAAGAAAAGAAGGACCUUAAAAGAGAAACUAGCUGAUCUCCAGAAAGCCCAUGAGGAGACAGAGAAACUCAACAUCCUCGUUCAAAAAAUCAUCAGUGACAGUUCAGAUGGCAAGACAGCAGAAAAGAAAUCUUUGUUGACUUGUUUGAAGAGGAAAUCUCUUUCAAGAAAGAGCAAGGCUAAGAUGUCGAAGACAUAUGACUGCCUUUCCUGCCGGGAAAAGUUUCCUUCUCUCUCAGAUUGCAUUGAUCACAUGAGGAAGGCCCACCUUUCUUCCAAGAAGCGCUGUCAAGUGGAAAGCGAAGAACCUUCUUCAUCAGACAUCUCGUCUGCUCUUGAGGAGGACUAUGAUGAGGAUGAUGUUAAGGACGAUGAAGAGAUGAGGAAGACCAACCAGGAUAAUGGUCCAACGAAAGUGGCAAAGCAUCUUCAGAAUGGGAAAGGCUCGGGUAAAGGUGGAGAGUUCAGUUGUGAGUACUGCAGCGAGAUCAGCAAGAGCAUAGAGGGUCAGAGGGCGCACAUGUCUGUCCACUGCGGACUAGUUGAAGAGAAAUGUUUCAAAUGCAAGAUCUACGAGUCUCGACCAAGUGCAGCUCAGAUUGAAGACAUUGAAAGAUCAGUUGAGAAGGUCAGAGAGACCACAGACUCGGAUGGUUAUGAAUUCAAGCAAGGGAAGCGACUCCUGGUCCAGUUCUUUCAGUGCAUAGUGUGCAACAGCUGUUUUGCGGUGGAGAAGCAUCUUCGGAAUCACAUGAGCCAGCACAAGGUCAUAGUGUGUCAGGUCUGCAGUGGAGUGUUCUCAAGCACACAGGCACUUGGGAAGCACAUCCCGCAUCACAAGACAGGACCUCUGUCCUGCAAGACUUGCGGUCAGACUUUCUUCUCCUCGUACAUGCUUCUCAUGCACAUGCGUGGUCACACUAAAGACUUCAGAUGCAAGCAUUGUGAUGCACCUUUCAUGUUUCGGGGAAAUCUGUUGAGGCAUAUCAGACAACGCCAUACUGAUAAAACAGACUGUGACCCAGCCUCAGGGGAUGAUGCUGCGAGUCAACAUGAAAGAUCAUCAAAGAACAAAGGACAGUCCAAGCUCAAUUGCAGGUUUUGUGGGAACCUUCAUUGCUCUGAGGUAACCCUGAAGCGCCACAUAGAAACCUAUCACCCGGAGAGGGUCGAUGAUCGAGGGAAAUUUGUAUGCGAGCUCUGCGGGGCUGUCAGGCACAAGUUUAGCCAGCUCAAAGCCCACAUGAUUUGCCACAAUCAACCCAAGCAGAAGUGUCAGAUCUGCAGCAAAGUCUUCCUCCGACCCGCCAGUCUCAAGCAACACAUUCAGCAGGUCCAUGCAGGACGGAAAGACUACACCUGCCAGUACUGCGGCAAGAGGAUCUCCUCGUCUACGAGUUUACAGGAUCACGAGCGGCUCCACACAGGAGAAAAACCAUAUGUCUGCUUAGAGUGCGGCAAGAGUUUCCGUAUCCGUCAGUCGUACAAAACCCACCUUCAAACCAAACACUCCAAAGAAAAACCCUUCGGAUGCCCACAGUGCGGAAAUUGUUUCUUCUCCUGUAAAUCACUCGCCAAGCACCAGAGGAUUCACACUCCGAAUGAAGACAGUGUCUGUCCAGAUUGCGGAAAGCAGUUCAAACGCAAGGAUCUCUUGAGGAUGCACUUGGUUCAGCAUCGCCAGGCAUUGAAGUGCUUCAAGUGCAACCGCUGCUUCAGCUCCGAGGUGGCUCUCAAGUACCAUACAAACAAGGCACACAAGAUCAACCUCUAUCGCACCAACUACGUCCAUCUCAAUCUUCCCGAAGGCUCGCUUCAUACGUCCCAACCGCAGAUAUCAUCUACCGUCCAAGGCAUCUUGCCUGUUCCUGAUGCUCCAGGUGACUUUUCUACCAUUACCGCUAGUCCAGAUAAGAACCCUAUCCCUGUCACCAUGCUCAACGGAAACUCAAAGGAUGUCUUUGUAGAUGCAUCUGUAAACAGUAUCGUUGGUGUCUUAUCGACCCCAGUCACCAUGGAGCCCUCUAACAAUUUACCAAGACCAUAUGGUACAGACCGAAGACUAAGUGAUCCCACGAACGUAGCCAUCUCAACUAUUCUAUCUCAACUUUUUGAAAGAACGAUUGCAUCUGUGCCAGAAUAGCUGUUUGCCUCAGGAGUACUGCCAAAACCAAAACUAUCUGAACUGAAAUAAUAUGUUCCUGUCUAUGUAGUAUCCCUUAUCAGUUUGAGCAAAGAACACUUUUGAGUAGUCAUACUACUCCAUCUCUGUGGUGCUCCUCACUAUUCACAUAAUCCUAAGAAGAAAUUAAAAGUGUAAAAAC